GCGCGGCCUGACGGCGGCGGGAGUCCGCGGUAGCUUCCUCGGCGCUGGCUCACGCGGCUCGCACGCUCAGCGGGGCAACAUGGCGGACGCAGAAGUAUUUAUUUUACCGAAGAAACAUAAGAAGAAAAAGGAGCGGAAAUCCUUACCAGAAGAAGAUGUAGCAGAAAUACAACAUGCUGAAGAAUUUCUCAUCAAACCUGAAUCCAAAGUGGCUCAGCUGGACACAUCUCAGUGGCCCCUGUUGCUAAAGAAUUUUGAUAAGCUAAAUGUAAGGACAACACAUUAUACGCCUCUUCCUUGUGGUUCAAAUCCUCUGAAGAGGGAAAUUGGGGACUAUAUCAGGACAGGUUUCAUUAAUCUUGACAAGCCUUCCAACCCCUCUUCCCAUGAGGUGGUAGCCUGGAUCCGGCGAAUACUCCGGGUAGAGAAGACAGGACACAGUGGUACCCUGGAUCCCAAGGUGACUGGUUGUUUAAUAGUGUGCAUUGAACGAGCCACCCGCUUGGUGAAAUCUCAGCAGAGCGCAGGCAAAGAGUAUGUGGGAAUUGUCCGGCUGCACAAUGCUAUCGAAGGGGGGACUCAGCUUUCUAGGGCCCUAGAGACCUUGACAGGUGCCUUAUUCCAGCGACCCCCGCUCAUCGCUGCCGUAAAGAGGCAGCUCCGAGUGCGGACCAUCUACGAGAGCAAGAUGAUCGAGUAUGAUCCUGAAAGGAGAUUAGGAAUCUUCUGGGUGAGUUGUGAGGCCGGCACUUACAUUCGGACGCUGUGUGUACACCUUGGUUUGUUAUUGGGAGUUGGUGGUCAGAUGCAGGAACUCCGGCGGGUUCGUUCCGGAGUCAUGAGUGAAAAGGACCACAUGGUGACGAUGCACGAUGUGAUGGACGCCCAGUGGCUGUAUGACAACCACAAGGACGAGAGCUACCUGCGGCGAGUUGUCUACCCUUUGGAAAAGCUGCUGACCUGCCAUAAACGGCUGGUCAUGAAAGACAGCGCGGUGAACGCAAUCUGCUACGGGGCGAAGAUCAUGCUCCCGGGUGUCCUCCGAUACGAGGACGGCAUCGAAGUCAAUCAGGAGAUUGUGGUCAUCACCACCAAAGGGGAGGCCAUCUGCAUGGCUAUUGCAUUAAUGACCACGGCAGUGAUCUCCACCUGUGACCAUGGUAUCGUAGCCAAGAUCAAGAGAGUGAUCAUGGAGAGAGACACUUACCCUCGGAAGUGGGGUUUAGGUCCAAAAGCGAGUCAGAAGAGGCUGAUGAUCCAGCAGGGCCUUUUGGACAAGCACGGCAAGCCCACGGACAGCACGCCUGCCGCCUGGACACAGGCGUACGUGGACUACAGCGAUUCUGCCAGGAAAGAUGCCAAAGCCCCCCAGGUAGUUGCCGAAGCAGUCAAAGCCCCGAAGCGGAAGCGAGAGAGUGAAAGUGAUGAAACCUCUCCAGUGGCUCCCCAGUUGGUCAAGAAGGAAAAGAAGAAGAAAAAAGACAAGAAGGCCAAAGCCGCUCUGGAGAGUGUGGAGCAGCCGGGAGAUGGGGACAGUGACACCACCAAGAAGAAGAAGAAGAAGAAGAAAAUAAAAAUGGAAACCUUUUCUGUGUAGUGGACGCCACUUGAAGCACUGUGUCCAGGUGGGAGGAGGAAUUAAAGCCUUAUUGAGAAAUAACAUAACUACGUUUGUUCUUGAGGGAAUGAACCUGAGAUCCCGGAAAGGGCGGAGAGUCCAGCACGUCGGAGCAGCUGCUGCGACCUUGCUGACAUCCCCUGGCGCGGUCAUCCCAUCUUGUCCUGUUUUAAGGACACCGGUGAAGGGGGCGGGUUCGGCGCCACCCGCUUCUCUGCCCAAGAGAGUUGGAGUGUCUCCCCUUCAGACCCAGCACCGCCCAGUGAGCAUCCGCAGCUG